GCUCAAGGCAGGAUUCGCCGUUAUGUGGCUCAGGCACGAAGGAUAGUGAUGCCAGAUUGGGCCACGCUGCCACGCAGCCAACAACAAGAAACAGCUGCUCAGCUCGUCAUUGAAGUGAAUGAAUUUGAAGCACAAAUUUCCAAUGUUUUGAGCCAGCUAAUUAAAGCAAAUACGAACUGGCAGGACAUUACUGCCGGUCUCUCUGGAGCACAAAAAGACGAGGAGCAGACCAUAUACCAUGAAAUGUCACAGAAACCGGAAAAUCUUGUCGACAUUGUCGCAGCCAAAGCACAGCUGGCAGUCAAGGAGGCAGACGAACGACAGCCAACUCCCAUCCUUAGGCAGUUUCCACAUUCUAGCUUGCAGAAUCCCGACUUACCUCCAUCAAAACUGCCGGAAUUUUCGAGCAACUUGAAAGAGUGA